AAAGGAAAGUCCCCACCACAGCCCAUUUACAUGAGCAGGAAAGGCAGCGCCGUGCGUAGAGCGGCACUGCGCCAUUUUUGGGUGCGGAGGUCGGAGCACCGCGGUGUUAAGGUCGGUACCUGGAUGCUGCCCUGCUGCCCGCAGUGAGAAGAUGGGAGAUCUCUACACGAGGCUAUGGGUGCUCCAGGCCAACCUCUGGCUGAUGGCCGUGGCUGCAGGUGGGAUCCCAACAGAUGGGAACAGCACCAGUAACAGCACAGGCAGCGGAUGCUCUGGGAUAUGGCAGCACCCACGUUUCAUGGCUGCCAAGAAGAACAUGCCUGUCCAGUUCAUCUGCUACACCCGUCAGCCCCACAACAUGCGUUGGUACAAAGCACCGGUGGAUAAGGAGGAGUUCCAGGUGUUGGAUCAGAGUUCUGACCGCUUCAGCAUCCAGAACACAGAAAACUACAUCAACUUCACCAUCUUCAAGGUCAGCUACGAGGACAACGGGGUCUAUGUGUGCGACAGCAAGAACCUGACGGAGGAGAAGAGGCAGCCAUACUUGUGUGGGACGGAGCUCAGAGUCGUGAGUCGCAGCAGCAUCCAGCAGAUCCAGAGCAGGAACACGCUGAAGGACACCAUCAUCAUCAUCCAGACCAUCCUGCUGGUCAUCUUCAUCAGCGUCCCCAUGCUCCUCUUCCUAGAAAAGGGUGACAGAAAGGAAAUCCCCGAUGAAGACCACACCUAUGAGGGCCUGGAGGUGGAGCAGAUUGCCACCUAUGAGGACAUCACUCCUUUCCGGGACAUGAAGGCCAAAUGGACAGUGGGGGAGCACCCAGGAGAGGAGUGAGGGGUGUUGUACCCACCACCAGGAUGGCACCAGCAGCACCACCCCACGGCAGCACCACACUGGUGUCACCAUGGACCUUCAAGGACCUGGUGCCACCUUCAAGGACCUGGUGCCACCACCUCCAGCUGCCUUGUACAGAGCUCAGGUCCUGCUGCCCCUCAGCUCUCACUUGGUCACCUGUGCCCAGUAAGACCGUCCUGCCCUGGCUGCUGUCCUUCCUGCCCCACUGCUGAACCCCAAAACCCUAUGUAGAUAUUAGGAACCAACCUCAGAGCCCAGCAGCCCCACACCGCAGUGCUGAGCUGUGGCACAAUUAAUGCCACCAAGGUGCUAUGCUGGUGACCCUAUGGACACAUACAAUCCCUCCCCAUGCUGCAAGGACCCUGCUGGGCUGUGAGACCCCACCACCAGCCCUGUGCCCCUGGUAGGGGAGCAGCACCAUGGGGCUGGUAGAACUGGGGCCGUUGUGUUACCUCUCAAGACAUAGACACAUCCAGUUGGCAAAGAUGGAAGUCGGCCAUACUGGUUGCUGUCUGAGAUGGAGGACCCUCCAGAACUGCCUUGUUUUAUCCCAAAGACUAAGGAAAGACCUGGGAGACAAGGGCACAUAGAGCUUGAUCCUCUCCGGGUAGGAGCUGUCACAGGGAUGUCCCCAUGGCUGAGGGACACUCAGAACCAAUGGGAAGGGUGUAAAUAGCAGGACACAAACAUCCAACUGCUCUUUCAAGUCAAUAAAGUCAAUAAAGUUCAAUAAAGGUGAUGGGUGAAUUCCCACCUUGCACACCUCA